CAAUCAGAAGCCCUCGUGGUGUACCGUCGGCGACGUCUCUCUGGAAAGCCUCUCCGCGUCAGUGCUGUUUAUGACAUUUGCACUUACUUACGUCAGUAAAUUAGUGUUAAUUGUCUUUUGAGGUUGUUUUAUACCAGGAGGACGAAUAACGAGACUUUCCGAUUGAUUUUUGCCAGAAUAGAUUUAAAAUUGGUGUAUGAUCCAGUAUUGAGCAUAAACACGAAAGGUGUCGGCGCGUCACGUCGACCGGCGGCAAAUUUAAAAACGUUGUUUGUCCAUUUGCAAAACACAACUGAGAAAGAUGGGGACUCUGACAGAAUCAACUAUACCUCUGAAGAAUGUCAAACGUGUCCAGUUUGGUAUCCUCAGUCCAGAUGAGAUUAAACGAAUGUCUGUGACGGAAGGUGGGGUGCAAUAUCCAGAAGCAUCGGAAGGUGGUAGACCCAAAUUAUUGGGUCUAAUGGACCCUCGUCAAGGUGUUAUUGAUCGUAUGUCAAGAUGUCAGACUUGUGCCGGAAAUAUGACUGAUUGCCCAGGACAUUUUGGACAUAUUGACCUUUCAAAACCAGUUUUUCAUGUUGGUUUUCUUACGAAGACUAUAAAAGUUUUACGAUGUGUUUGCUUUUAUUGCUCCAAAAUGCUGGUUGACAAGGGGAAUCCAAAAAUUCGAACAAUUCUUGGAAAGUCCAAAGGUCAGCCGAGAAAACGUUUACUAAAUGUUUACGAGUUAUGUAAGGGAAAAAACAUUUGUGAAGGUGGAGAGGAAAUGGACGAAACAUUUGAUGUUCAGCAACGAGAGGAUGAGGAGCCUAAGAAGGUUGGACAUGGGGGUUGUGGUCGAUAUCAACCAAAAAUUAAAAGGACUGGUCUUGAAUUGGUUGCUGAGUGGAAACAUGUGAAUGAAGACUCACAAGAGAAAAAAAUUCCACUCACUGCUGAGAGAGUUCAUGAAAUAUUCAAACGAAUCUCAGAUGAAGAAUCUGAAAUAAUGGGAAUGGAUCCUAGAUUUGCGAGACCAGAAUGGAUGGUAAUAACUGUUCUCCCUGUCCCACCACUCUGUGUCAGACCUUCUGUUGUAAUGGGUGGUGGUAGUGCCAGAAGUCAGGAUGAUUUGACCCACAAGCUUGCUGAUAUUAUCAAAUCAAACCAACAAUUAAAAAGAAAUGAACAGAAUGGAACCGCAGCUCAUAUUAUUGCAGAGGAUAUAAAAUUAUUGCAAUUCCAUGUUGCUACGUUAUUUGACAAUGAAUUACCUGGUGUGCCGAGAGCAUUGCAAAAAUCAGGAAGACCACUAAAAUCAAUCAAGCAAAGACUGAAAGCAAAAGAAGGAAGAAUUCGUGGAAAUUUGAUGGGAAAGCGUGUUGAUUUCUCCGCAAGAACAGUCAUCACUCCUGAUCCUAAUUUGAAAAUUGAUACAAUUGGUGUUCCUCGUUCCAUAGCUGCAAAUCUCACUUAUCCUGAAAUUGUCACUCCAUUUAACAUCGACAGAAUGCAAGAGUUAGUUAGAAGAGGAAAUAAUCAAUAUCCUGGUGCAAAAUAUAUCAUAAGAGAUUCGGGAGAUCGAAUUGAUCUUCGUUAUCAUCCAAAACCGUCUGACUUACAUCUGCAAGUUGGAUACAAGGUUGAACGUCACAUCAAAGACGGCGAUGUUAUUGUAUUCAAUCGUCAGCCGACACUGCAUAAAAUGUCUAUGAUGGGACACAAAGUUAAAGUUUUACCUUGGUCCACAUUCAGAAUGAAUUUGUCUGUAACGACUCCAUAUAAUGCUGAUUUUGAUGGUGAUGAGAUGAACAUGCAUGUACCACAAACUAUGGAAACAAGAGCUGAGAUUUUAGAGUUAGCAAUGGUACCUCGUAUGAUCAUCACACCGCAAAGCAAUCGACCUGUCAUGGGUAUUGUCCAGGACACACUGACCGCUGUCAGAAAAAUGACCAAAAGAGAUUCAUUCAUUGAUAAGCCAUUCUUCAUGAAUUUACUAAUGUAUCUUGAAAACUGGGAUGGGCACAUGCCACAACCUGCCAUUUUGAAGCCAAAACCACUGUGGACUGGAAAACAAGUAUUUUCAUUGAUUGUUCCACCAGGCAUUAACUGUGUCAGAACACACAGUACUCAUCCUGAUGGAGAAGAUUCUGGACCUUAUAAACAUAUAUCACCUGGUGAUACAAAGGUUGUAGUCGAAAAUGGUACUCUCCUGAGUGGUAUCAUUUGCAAAAAAUCACUUGGAACAUCAUCUGGAUCAUUGUGCCACAUGGUAGCGCUGGAACACACUCCAGAUGUUUGUCGUGAGUUUUAUUCAAACAUUCAAACCGUUGUCAACUACUGGUUGAUGGUCGAAGGCCACUCAAUUGGUAUUGGAGACACUAUUGCUGAUGCACAAACCUACCAAGAUAUUCAAAAUCAGAUUCGUAAAGCAAAGCAAGAGGUCAUAGAGGUAAUUGAAAAAGCCCACAAAGAAGAUUUGCAACCAACACCUGGUAACACAUUGAGACAGACAUUUGAGAACCAAGUGAACAGGAUUUUGAACGAUGCUCGUGACAAAACUGGUUCAUCUGCCCAAAAGAGUUUGUCUGAAUUUAACAAUUUCAAGGCUAUGGUGGUCGCUGGAUCCAAAGGAUCAAAAAUUAAUAUUUCCCAGGUCAUUGCUGUUGUAGGGCAACAAAACGUUGAGGGAAAAAGAAUUCCGUUUGGUUUCAGACACAGAACACUUCCUCAUUUUAUAAAGGAUGAUUAUGGUCCAGAAUCUAGAGGAUUUGUUGAAAACUCAUAUCUUGCUGGUUUGACUCCAACUGAAUUUUUCUUUCACGCUAUGGGAGGUAGAGAAGGUCUUAUUGAUACUGCUGUCAAAACUGCAGAAACUGGUUAUAUUCAGCGUCGUUUGAUCAAGGCUAUGGAAUCUGUGAUGGUACGUUAUGACGGGACAUUGCGACAAUCAAACAAUUACAUGAUACAAUUGAGAUAUGGUGAAGAUGGACUUGCUGGAGAAAGAGUCGAAUUUCAAAAUCUGGCAACAUUGAAACCAAGUCACAAAAACUUUGAAAAAAAAUUCCGUCUGGAUUAUAACAAUGAAAGACAUUUGCGUCACUGCAUGACUGAAGAAUUGAUUCGUGAUAUACAAACUGAUGUCAGUAUGCAACAAGCACUUGAUGGUGAAUUUGAAUCAUUGCGAGCAGAUCGUGAAGUUAUUCGAAGUAUUUUCCCGAGUGGUGACAGCAAGGUUGUUUUGCCUGUAAACCUCAGCAGAUUGAUCUGGAAUGCACAAAAAAUAUUUCAUAUUGAUCUGAGACAACCUUCAUCUGUGAAUCCUGUUCGUGUAAUUGAGGGAGUCCAAGACCUAAGUAAAAAACUCAUCAUUGUGAGUGGAGAAGAUAAAUUGAGCAAAGAAGCGCAACAUAAUGCAACUCUUCUUUUCAAUGUACAUUUGAGAUCUACUCUCUGUACAAAACGUGUUGCUGAGGAAUUCAGAUUAUCCACUGAAGCAUUUGAAUGGAUUCUCGGUGAAAUAGAAACACGAUUUCAACAAGCUCAGGCUCAUCCUGGUGAAAUGGUGGGAGCUUUGGCUGCACAAUCACUUGGAGAACCUGCCACACAGAUGACAUUGAAUACUUUUCACUACGCUGGUGUAUCAGCAAAGAACGUCACUCUUGGUGUACCUCGUUUGAAGGAAUUGAUCAACAUUUCAAAAAAGCCUAGAACACCUUCUCUUACUAUAUUUUUGAUUGGACAACCAACCCGGGAUGCCCAAAGAUGCAAGGAUGUCUUAUGUAGAUUGGAGCAUGCAACACUCAGGAAAGUGACUGCAAAUACAGCAAUUUAUUAUGAUCCUGAUCCAAUGAACACUGUUAUUCAAGAAGAUCAAGAAUUUGUCAAUGUUUAUUAUGAAAUGCCUGAUUUUGAUGUUGGCCGUAUUUCACCAUGGUUACUCCGUAUUGAAUUGGACAGGAAAAGAAUGACUGAUAAAAAGUUGACUAUGGAACAGAUUGCUGAAAAAAUUAGUGCUGGGUUCGGCGAUGAUCUCAAUUGUAUUUUCAAUGAUGAUAAUGCUGAAAAACUUGUUCUACGGAUCAGAAUUAUGAACAAUGAUGAGUCAAAAAUGGACGAGGAUACAGAAGAACAAGCUGAUAAAAUGGAAGAUGAUGUUUUCCUAAGAUACAUUGAAGCUAAUAUGUUGACGGACAUGACCUUACAAGGAAUUCCGCAGAUUGCUAAAGUUUAUAUGCAUCUGCCAAAAGAAGAAAGCAAAAAAAGAAUUGUCAUAACCAAAGAAGGUGAAUUCAAUGCAGUGCAAGAUUGGAUUCUUGAAACUGAUGGAACUGCUUUGAUGAGAGUAUUAUCGGAAAGAGACAUUGAUCCUGUUCGAACAACUUCCAACGAUAUUUGUGAAAUAUUUGCGGUGCUUGGUAUUGAAGCUGUACGAAAAGCCUUGGAGCGUGAAAUCAAUCAUGUCAUAUCUUUUGAUGGAUCAUACGUAAACUAUCGUCACUUAGCUCUUCUAUGUGAUGUCAUGACAUGCAAAGGACACUUGAUGGCAAUCACGAGACAUGGAAUCAACAGACAAGAAACAGGAGCACUGAUGAGAUGCUCGUUUGAGGAAACCGUGGAUAUUCUUAUGGAGGCUGCUUCAUCAGCUGAGACUGAUUUCAUGAGUGGAGUUUCUGAAAAUAUCAUGCUGGGACAACUUAUACCUGGUGGUACAGGAUGUUUCCAAUUAUUACUUGAUGCAGAAAAAUGCAAACAGGCUAUGGAAAUCCCAACAAACAUCGGUGGUGUUGGAGGUACUGGCAUGUUCUUUGGAUCAAUGGCUUCACCAAGUUCUAUGUCACCGAGCAUGACACCUUGGGCAGGUGGUGCAACACCAGCGUUUGCCGGAGCAUUUACUCCUGGCUAUGGUUCUGGAAUGACGCCAAGUGCUGCUGCUUUCUCUCCUGCACAAUCUGAUGCGUCUGGUUUUUCACCUGGAUACAGUCCAGCUUGGAGUCCUGCUCAAUCACCAGGACCUGCAAGCCCUGGUUCUCCAUAUAUACCAUCGCCAAAGCAUUCAUCAUUGUCUCCAAGUUACUCACCAGUAUCACCUGCUUAUGAACCAGGGACACCAGGCACACCACAAAGCCCGAAAUACAGUCCAGGAUACACACCUACAAGUCCGACGUAUUCACCUACUUCACCGAGAUAUUCCCCAACAAGCCCAGGAUACAGCCCGACGUCACCUUCAUAUUCUCCGACCAGUCCUUCUUAUUCACCUACAUCACCAAGCUACAGUCCGACGUCACCUUCGUAUUCACCAACAAGUCCAUCAUAUUCACCUACGAGUCCAAGUUACAGUCCGACUUCGCCAUCGUACUCACCAACGAGUCCAUCCUAUUCACCGACGUCUCCAAGCUACAGUCCAACAUCACCCAGCUACUCCCCAACCUCUCCGAGCUACAGCCCCACUUCACCAAGCUAUUCUCCAACCUCUCCAAGCUACAGCCCCACUUCACCAAGUUAUUCACCCACUUCACCAUCCUAUUCCCCAACCAGCCCCUCAUAUUCUCCCACCUCACCCAGUUACAGCCCAACCUCACCUUCCUACUCCCCCACAAGUCCUUCAUAUUCUCCAACCAGCCCGAGCUACAGUCCGACCAGCCCCUCAUAUUCUCCUACCAGUCCUUCGUACUCACCUACUAGUCCGAGUUAUUCACCAAGCUCACCAAAGUAUUCACCAUCGUCUCCUUCAUAUAGUCCUUCGUCUCCGAGCUACUCGCCAUCAAGUCCAAAGUAUUCACCAGCAAGUCCAUCUUACAGUCCAGCAUCACCAGAGUACAGCCCAUCAAGUCCGAAAUACGCUCCUUCGAGUCCGAGCUAUUCACCAUCGUCACCAUCUUACUCUCCAUCAUCACCGUCUUACAGUCCUACAUCACCAAAAUAUUCCCCAUCAAGCCCGAGCUAUUCUCCAUCGAGUCCAUCAUACUCGCCUGCAAGCCCGGAAUACUCGCCAUCAUCACCAAACUAUUCACCAUCGAGUCCAAAAUCAGGACCUGCAAGUCCAUCGUACAGUCCAUCUUUGGGCUACUCUCCAAGCAGUCCUAACUAUUCUCCAACAAGUCCUGCUUAUUCACCUUCAAGUCCGGGAUAUUCUCCAUCAAGCCCACAGUAUACUCCAACGAGUCCGACAUACACACCAGGGGAUCAGGAAUCUGCUGCUGCAUCACCAUCUUACAGUCCAUCUAGUCCGUCAUAUAGUCCAGCCAGCCCUGCUUACUCGCCAGCGAGUCCUAGCUACACACCUGCCUAUUCACCAUCAAGUCCGCAAGACUCCUAUUCUCCAACAAGCCCUGGAUAUAGUCCUUCUUCACCAGGGUACACCCCGAGUACACCAGGGGGUGGCAUCUACCCACCACAAGAUGAGGAUUCUGAUUGAGAAAAUUGUGACUAAACUGUGCAAUCGUUCAAUGACGAAACUUGAGAUAUAUGGCAAAAACUGUCUUUACUUUGUUACAAGGACUGCAGUAGUGCCUUAGCUACAUCUUAUUUGUUUGUUUUUCUUUGUCAAAAAUUUUUAAAAAAGCAUUAUUACCAAAAAAAAGUAAUGCAUAAUCGUGACAGUUUUGUUUCUGAAACAGCUUUUGGGUAUUGAGUACAAUCAAGCUUUUGCUGUAGUACAUGGAAAACUUUAAUUUAUUUGUGUGCUAUUUUUGUUAUUAUUUCUCUUGUGGUAAAGUUUCUCUCAAAAGCCUGAGUUUGUGUGAUGCAUUCCUUAGAUGUGCUUCUCAUGUACAAUAUGCUUUGUUCGUAUCUUUCCCUGACGCCACAUGAUUGCAAAAAAAUAAAAGCUUAUUCCAUCAAAA